UGAAGUCAAAGUUACGAACUUUAACUCCACCUCCUGAAGAUCAGAAAAGCCAUAGCCAAGAGAAGAGAGAGCGAGAUAAGGAAGACCCACCGGAGCCAAGCACAGCGAAAGCACAAUCCCGUUGUUCUCUCAAAUGGGUCUUCCUUCUUUAACCAGCGCGUGCGGUUCGCUAGGUUGCUGCAGUUCUUCAAUGUCGACCGUGCAGCUAGGGUUUCAUUGCAGUUCCCUCGACGCGUUCUGGGUUCCUCGUAAAAGAAGGAAUUCUGGCCGGGGUUUUCACGUGGCUUGCUCUUCCUCUUCACCUACUGAUCCACUCUUGGUGAGGGCUGCUAGAGGAGAUCCUGUGAGUAGGCCCCCGGCAUGGAUGAUGCGACAAGCAGGAAGGUAUAUGGCUGUUUACAGAAAGCUUGCAGAGAAACAUCCAUCCUUCAGAGAGAGGUCAGAGACCACCGAUCUCAUUGUGGAAAUUUCUUUGCAGCCUUGGGAAGCUUUUCAUCCAGAUGGGGUUAUCAUUUUCUCUGACAUACUCACCCCUUUACCUGCAUUUGGGGUCCCAUUUGACAUCGAAGAAGUAAGAGGCCCUGUAAUCGGGUCCCCAAUUCGUUCUGAGGAGGCCUUGAAGUCAUUGCAUCCAAUUGACUUGGAGAAACUUCAUUUUGUGGGAGACUCCUUGAGGAUCUUGCGGCAGGAGGUUGAAGGGCGGGCCGCUCUACUUGGUUUUGUCGGGGCACCGUGGACAAUUGCUACAUAUGUGGUUGAAGGGGGUACGACUCGGACAUAUACUGUCAUAAAAAGCAUGUGCCAUACAGCGCCACAUGUAUUGAGGGCUCUUCUAUCUCAUAUAGCUCAAGCAAUUGCAGAGUACAUCAUCUUCCAGGUGGAAUCUGGAGCUCAUUGUAUACAAAUAUUUGAUUCAUGGGGUGGACAGCUACCUCCUGAUAUGUGGGAAAGCUGGUCAAAGCCUUACAUCCAACAGAUUGUGGAUGUUGUGAGGAAGAAAUGCCCAGGAACUCCGCUUGUCCUAUAUAUAAAUGGAAACGGUGGUCUUCUUGAGCGAAUGAGAGAAACUGGAGUGGAUGUGAUUGGGCUGGACUGGACUGUGGACAUGGCAGAUGGAAGGAAACGGUUAGGUAGUGGAGUUGGCGUGCAGGGUAAUGUGGACCCUGCUUACUUGUUCUCUCCUCUGCCAGCCUUGACUGAAGAAAUUCAAAGGGUUGUGAAAUGUGCAGGGCCGAAAGGUCACAUUCUUAAUCUUGGGCAUGGUGUCCUUGUUGGGACUCCUGAAGAAGCAGUUGCCCAUUUCUUCAAUGUAGCCAGGAGUUUAACAUAUGAUUCAUUUGUACAAGGUCAUGCGGCAGAGAAAGCCACAUUGGUAGCGUGACUGCAGACAAUUACUUUGAGCAAAACCAUCUUGUCAAAGCUUUAGAAUUUCAGGAUGAUAGCCCGACCUCUCUGCUGACUUCUCGCCUUCCUUUUGAGUUUCACAGUUUUGGGGAUGCAUUGAAGGGUAUGUACAUGGCUGUGAGCAAUCUAAUAUAUCCUUUUUCAGUUCAAUCUGUAAAUCAAUAUUGUUCAAAUGUUCUGCAAAAUUGCAUUUGUCUCAUGACCCUUGCUUUCUCUGCC